AUGAAGUGUGAAAACUUAAUGAACCAAGGGCUACCUUUUCGUGGUCAUGAUGAGUCAGAAAAGUCUGUUAACAGAGGAAAUUUUGUGGAGCUCUUAAAAUUCACUGCUGAACAAAACGAAGAUGUGAAGGUAGUUAAAUCUGUCAUUGAAGAAAUGGGUCAUGAUGUUUUUGGCUUAUUGGUAGAUGAAUCAGCGGAUGUUUCAGAUAAAGAGCAAAUGGCAGUGGUGUUUUGUUUUGUUGAUAAAAGAGGGAUGGUCAAAGAAAGAUUCAUGAGUAUUACGCAUGUGAGUGAUACAGCUUCAUCAACUUUCAAAGCUGCGAUUGAUUCUUUGUUUGCAAAAUAUGGAUUGAGCAUAAAAAAGGUGAGAGGACAAGGUUACGAUGGGGCGGUGGGAGUUUCAUGCAAAAGGAAAGAUAUGAUUCGAGAGAGUUAUAGGAAAAAUAUUGAAGAAGGAAUCAAUAAUGGUGAAAUCAAUACUGGAACAGGGUUGAAUCAAGAGGUGUCUCUUAAUAGACCAGGGAAUACCCGCUGGAAUUCGCAUUGUAAUACUCUAUUGCGUUUGAUUGAGCUAUUCUCAUGUAUUAUUCAGGAGUUCAACGAUCGUUAUAAUGAGGUGAACACUGAAUUGCUUAUUUGUGCUUCUUCUUUAUCUCUCAUUGAUUCGUUCUCUGAGUUUGACCACUCAAAGUUGAUGAGGUUAUCUAAGUUAUAUCCAGACGAUUUUACUCAUAGGGAGUACAUAUCUCUUGAACAAGAAUUAGAUAUCUACAUUGAUAAUGUUCAAAAUGAUGAAAGGUUUACUCAUUUGAAGUCUCUUGGAGAACUUGCUCGUAUGUUGGUGGAAACUCAAAAAUAUAUGUCACAUCCUUUGGUCUACAGGCUGUUGAAGUUGGUUUUGAUUUUGCUGGUUGCUACUGCAACUGUUGAGAGAUGUUUUUCAGCGAUGAAGAUUGUGAAGACUCAUCGACAUCCGCCAUUGUUUGUGCGUGAAGUAGUGAAGUUGCAUGGAUAUCCAGCAUCAAUAGUAUCUGACAGAGGCAGUACAUUCUUGAGCGCCUUUUGGGAAGAUUGCUUCAAGUUGUCGGGUACAAAAUUGAAAUACAGUACGGCGUUUCACCCACAGAUUGAUGGUCAGACCGAGCUUAAGAAAGCUUUGGGCGAUCAUAAACAUGUUAUUCCUUUACCUGAGAUGUUCAAUGAAUCUGAAGAGUUAGUGGUGGAGCCAGAAGCAGUGUUGGAGACCCGGUACAAUGAGAAAGGUGUUUUGGAAGCUUUGGUGCAUUGGAGAGGUCUUCUAGAGCACGAAAACACUUGGGAGGUAGUCAAAGAACUACAUCGGCAAUAUCUAAAACUAGCGCUUGAGGACAAGCUUCAUUUCGAUGGGGGGGGGGGGUAUUGA